CGGUGGCGGUGCCGGGGAGGGGUGAAGCGGUGUCCCGUGGAGGGGCGUGACGGUGUCCAGUAGAGGGGCGUCGCGGUGUACUGUUGCCUAGUGGAGGGGUGUUGUGGGGAUAUGUCGGACGUACACACUAUUUGUAUACAGGAUGACUAAGCAGUGGGACACGGUACCAACAGAAAAUUGAUAUCUGGAAAAUGGAGGUGUUCAGAAAUGUCAGCCUUAGCGGGGAAUUGUCUCCCGAGCUCUACGAAAUCAUGCAGCAAAAUACGUGCACGAAUGUUUCUGUGACGUCAGCAGAUAUUUCUGGAUUCACCGAGGUGAAAUGUAAAAGCACAUGUGACUAUUUAUUUAUUGUGGACGUAUUAUGGUCAGACGGAAGAACAAUGUGUGUGAAAAGAACUUACAAAAGCUUUUUAAAUUUUCGUAGAGUUUUGGUGGAUUACUUUCAGAAAGAAGACAACAGUCAGGGACCUGUAUUUAUACCAAAGUUACAAGGGUUAAAAAUAUUUCGGCGAUAUACACGAGACCUCGCAGAAGAAAGAGAAGUGGAGCUCCAGAAAUUUGUCAAAAACUUGCUCAGUGGAAAUCCUCUGGUAUCCUCUACUAUCCCUGUGCUAGACUUUUUUGAACCUACCGCAUCAGACCCCAUCCCCUACAGAGGUAGUCCAGAUGGUGAUAAUAGUGACGAGGAUCCAUUCUCUGAAGAUGUAUUCAGUCAAAAGUGGAUGACAAAGAAAAACUAAUCAAAUAAAAAUACAUGAACUGCUUAUUGUUUACAACACACUAAUAAUAAUGUGGUGUGCUUUAGAUUCCAGAAGAACCAGACAUCACAGAACUUGAUAAUUAUAAUUACAUUUUGAUUGUGGCAAAUCAGACAUUCUAGAAACACUUGUCACACAUACAUGAAGCCACAUAACAUUGUUUCCAUACACUUACUCUAAAUGCCUCACAUACUUGAUUUUAAUCAACAUUUCAGUUUCUUUGUUAGAUACAAGAAAACUCUGUAAUGAGUUGGAAGAUAAGGAAGAUAUACAGCCACCAUUUGUUUCCGAUUCA